GCAUCGAUCGUAUGGAUUUAGUAUUACAUCGCACGUUUCACAACACCACACCCCAUCUCAUAGAAGAAGCGAGGCAAAGCGCCAAACGGCGGCGGCAGUGGGGCGGCCGAUCGUCAGCCCAGGCUUGAUCGUCAUGUCUUCAGCAGGAACUGGAUCACGAGGUCGCGGAAACUACGGAAGGGCCGACAGAGACAGGUCGGAUAGAUACGAGGCACCCGCACAGCAGCCGUUCCGGUGCCAAAUGUGUGGAAGGCAUCAGAACGCGGGACACAUGAGGAUCUCGAUGGCAGUUAGUCACGACCUGAAUCCUUAUGGAUUUGAUCACUUCUGCGCUCACUGCGAUCAAUCGGAGGACAGGCUCGAGCGGCGAGUAGGUUACGAAAGCCACGGCACAGAGGGCAACAGAGGCGUGAGUGGGAAAGAGCCGAGUUCAAGCCGUGGUAGCUCCCAGAAUUCAUGCAUGAGUUCACAAGUAGCAGCAGCAGCAGCAACAGCAGCAGCAGCAGCAUCCGCUGGAACUGGAGUCCCCCACGCAGCAGGAGCAGAAGCAGCAGCAACACUGUCGGGUGGCGUAUCUGAAGGUAGAGGGGUGGCGACGUCGGCGGCGGCGGGGGCGCCGAGGAUUUUUUCAUCAUGUUCUAGUUCUGGUCAAGUUUCUACAAGGCAGACGUUUACAGCUGGUGCCGGAUCUUCUGCCGAUGACCUAUGUGGCGUGGGCGCCGGUGACCCUUACGGCGUGGGCGCCUCGUCGUCGGCAGCCAGUAGAUAUACGGACGAAGAACCCAUGGACGAAGAUGAAGAGUGCGUUGACGGAGAAAAAGCGCCGGAGGAAGAGGCAAAAGAGGGAGAUCGGGAGCGAUGGAUGAAUGCACUAGUGUGA